GACUGGUUCGCAACGGGCACGGGAGGGUAUUCUCCUCUUCGUCUGUUGGCGCUGUGCUGAGCUGGGAACGAAAGUACUUCGAAUGACGAUGACGACGUCUGCUUUGGCUGGAUGUGUGUUCUCUGCUGUUGCUGCUGGUUCGGUCAUUUCACGAGUCACCGCCAGUCAGUCCAGUAGUCAACGCGCUUGGUUCGUUCGUUAGCUUCGUUUGGUUUACUCGGAUUUUACGAGUAGUGAUAGCCUACUAUGAUGACUGACUGACACUCUGGGUGUGUACGGGCGCACUAGGCAGCCUACUACUUUCCGCACACGCGAAAAGAGCAAUAGAAAACGACUAACCUACCUAGCAAUCAGUGAAAGGUUACUUCGAUUGCAUACGCCGAAGAAGAGCAAUCAAUAGUGAAGUGAAGUGGGUGCCAAAUGCUAGUGGUUUGUGUGCUGCGCGGUGGUUUGCUGAAGUGGCCCUUUAGUUUCAAACAACAACCAAUCCAACUUGGCGGCCGUUUUGAGUUUUGUCAGUGUGAAGUGAAUCAAGCAAGUACCUCCAAGUAGUAGGUACGGUGCAGAAAAAAAAAGAAAAACCUCGACGACAGCUCAGUCGUGUGUUGGCAUUUUACAUAGUGCAAGAAGAAAAAGUGAGUGUGCAUAGAAUCGAUGUAGGGAGAGAGAGAGCGCGCAAUUCUUAUUGAUUUUCGCGAAUGUUUUCCUCCUGGCUUGCAGCAGUAGUAAUUGUCCGCGGUUGAGACGCGCGCGCGGAGGAAGAGAAGAAGAGGAGGUCGUGUGCUGAGAAAGCGAUAGUCCAGUUCUCGGCAGACGAAGAAGCCUCAAAGUGGUGGAAGAGAGGUGAGAAGAAUCCGGUUCUACAAACGACGACGACCAUAAGAAUAAGAAAUACGUACUUCGUUGGGUGCUACUCCGGGUGGUUCUGCGUCUUCUUCUUUUCGGUUCGGGAUAAAUGUACGCGUACAAUGUGUAUGUAGACGACGAAGAAAAAGUGUGAAGAAUAGUUUUUACUGAAGACGACGAGACCCAAACAACAACAACAACAACAAUCGGAUCACGGAUGUUGGGUCUCUGAGAAAGGAAGUGAACAACAGAGAAAACCGACCUCGAAAGAUUAAUUUGAUCUCGUCUGCUCGUACGGGAAGCCAAAACACAAGAAGAAUCCAGUGGUAGUUGGUAGUGGUGGUGGAAAGUGGAUCGCCACGUGAACGACAAUGUUUAAAUGCAUCCCGAUCUUCAAGGGCUGCAACCGGCAGAUCGAGUACGUGGACAAGCGGCACUGCUCGCUGCCGAAUGUACCGGAGGAGAUCCUGCGGUACUCGCGAUCGCUGGAGGAGCUGCUGCUCGAUGCCAACCACAUCCGGGAUCUGCCGAAGAACUUCUUUCGUCUGCAUCGGUUGCGGAAACUCGGUCUCAGCGACAAUGAGAUUAUCAAACUACCUUCGGACAUUCAGAACUUUGAGAACCUGGUAGAGCUGGACGUGUCACGGAAUGAUAUCGGUGACAUUCCGGACGACAUCAAACACCUCCGCAGCCUGCAGAUCCUGGACUUCAGCUCAAAUCCGAUCCACAGGCUACCGGCGGGGUUCUCCCAGCUGCGCAACCUGACCAUACUGGGGCUCAACGAUAUGUCGUUGACCUCGCUUCCACAGGAUUUCGGAUGCCUAUCAAAGCUGGAAUCCCUGGAGCUGCGGGAGAACCUGCUGAAGCACCUGCCCGAGUCGAUCAGCCAGCUGACCAAUCUGGAACGGCUCGAUCUGGGCGAUAACGAAAUCGAAGAGCUUCCACCCCAUCUGGGCUACCUGCCGGCGCUGCAGGAACUGUGGCUCGAUCACAACCAGCUGCAGAAGCUGCCGCCCGAGAUCGGUUUACUGAAGAACUUAGUAUGCCUGGACGUCUCGGAGAAUCGCAUGGAGGAACUGCCAGAGGAGUUAGGUGGACUGGAAAACCUAACCGAUCUGCACCUCUCGCAGAACCUGCUAGAAGUGCUCCCGGAUGGCAUCUCCAAGCUGACCAAACUGACCAUCCUCAAGCUGGACCAGAACCGGUUGCACACGCUGAACGAAAACAUCGGCCAGUGCGUCAACAUGCAGGAGCUCAUCCUGACCGAGAAUUUCCUAAACGAGCUGCCUUACACCAUCGGCAACAUGACGAUGCUGAACAACCUGAACGUGGACCGGAACUCGCUCGUUUCGGUGCCGAACGAGCUGGGAAACUGCAAAAAUCUGGGGGUGCUGAGCUUACGCGAGAAUAAGCUAACCAAACUGCCAUCGGAGCUAGGGAAUUGCCUGGAACUGCACGUCCUAGAUGUGUCCGGGAAUCGGCUGCAGCACUUGCCGUACUCGUUGGUCAAUCUCCAGCUGAAGGCCGUUUGGCUGUCGGAGAACCAGGCUCAACCGCUUCUAACAUUCCAACCGGACAUCGACGAGGUGACCGGUGACCAGGUGUUGACCUGCUUCCUGCUGCCCCAGCAGGAGUACGUUCCGGCCAGUCCGGAAAACCGAGAAGACACCGACUCGGAAGACUGGGAAGAACGCGAGGCGUCCCGAACGCAUUCCGUCAAGUUCAGCGAAGAUUCCAACGCGGACAAGGACACCCCCUUCGUCCGGCAGAACACCCCCCACCCGAAGGAACUGAAACUGAAGGCGCACAAACUGUUUGCCAAGGAGAAGCGAUCGGACGACAUGAGCGGGGGCAAUCUGGACACCCUCUCGGAGGAAUCCUCCUCCAGGCCGUCGCUGAUGAACAAGUCGGGAGGUAUGGCGUCCACGCUGGACGACAUCCAGGGUGUGGUCCCCAACGAACCGAUCGCCGAGGAGGAUGCCAAUAAGGAGAAUGAGGAAUUUGGCGGUGGAGCUGAUGACGACUUCGAGAGGCGGGUCGGAUUCGACGUGAACGAGGACGAAGACCGGUACUACUCGGAGGAAAAUGAGGAUUCCCACGAGAAGAAGCCCAUUUCCAAGCUGCAUCGAAGAGACACUCCGCAUCAUCUGAAAAACAAACGCGUACAUCACAACGCUGCGGACAAGAACAGCAGUCUGGUGCUGAGUUCGCUCAAACUGAAAGAGUCGCUUCCGCCACCGCCGAAGCUGGAGGAACAUCCGGCCCUGGAAGCGGCCAGCCAAGGUGACGAUGGGCAAUCGGAUGCGGCGGUGGCAGUGGCGGCGGGGGUCGAAUCAUACGAUGCCACGGACGCAUUCACCGAGCUCAAGGAGGACCGGCUGGAGAUCCACAUCGAACGCACAUCCGCCGGGCUGGGCCUGAGCAUAGCGGGCGGUAAGGGCUCGACGCCGUUCAAAGGCGACGACGAGGGCAUUUUCAUAUCCCGUGUCACCGAGGGUGGUCCGGCCGACCUGGCCGGACUGAGGGUGGGCGAUAAGGUACUUAAAGUGAACGGUGUCUCGGUGGAGGAUGCAGACCAUUACGACGCAGUGGAGGUGCUAAAAGCCUGCGGUUCCGUCCUGGUGCUGUUCAUAUCCCGGGAGGUGACCCGCCUAAUUGGCCAUCCGGUGUUCGACGAGAGUGGUUCGGUUGCACAGAUCAAUGUGGUCGAACAGGUGACGGCGGUGGCGCCGGCACCUCAGCAGCAAAAAAUGAUUCCUCCCCCGAUUGCAGUGGCCGUCGAGCAGCCACUGAUGGAAGGCAUAGCAGGCGGGGGAGGAGGAGGAGGAGGACUCGUGGGAGAAGCACUACAUUCCUCGUACAAUACGGUCGGGUUGCCGAACGGGAAUGCCGGUACACCGAUGCCGACGACGGUAGGCUUGCUGAACGGAAAUGAAAUUACCCAUAAGGUUAUUCUGCACACGACCCUCAUCCGGGACCAGAUCGGACAGGGGCUUGGGUUCAGUAUAGCCGGCGGGAAGGGACACGCUCCGUUCAAGGACGGUUCGGAAGGAAUCUACAUCUCGCGGUUGACCGAGGGAGGAGUGGCCCACAAGGACGGAAAGAUCCUGGUGGGCGACCGGGUGCUGGCGAUCAACGGUGUCGACAUCACGAACGCCCACCAUGACUACGCGGUGCAACUGUUGACCGACCAUCAACGGUUCGUACGGUUAGUGGUGCAACGGGAGGUGAAGGGACCGCUAGAACAUCCGACCAGCCCCAGAAGUCCGAUGCUGAAGAGUUUGAACCCGAGCGGGUACAUGGCCAAUCGACCAGCAUACACCGGCUACCGGCGUUCGAUAGACGAGUCCGCCACAGAGGCGCACCAUACCGCCACUUCAAGUGAAGUCCCGUUCCAACAACAUCCCGCUGCCACCGCUCAACCCGAAGCGCAACCACAAACUACGGUGACCCACAAGCAACCUCCCUUACCCGCCCCACGCAAAGUAUUAUCGCCGCAAACGUCUGUAAAUAACGGCACUGGUAGUAGUUCUAACAUCAACAACAACAACAACAGCAACGUUUUGAGUAACGUCAUGAGCAACACAAACGGUAGUAGUAGCACUCAUACCACCACCAACAACAACAACACAAGCAACGGCAUCCAUCAGCAAUCUCCUUCAUUAGUAUCCGCAUCCAAUAAGGCGCCGGCGUCGGCGGCAGCAACAGCAACGACGGCUGGCGGCGCGCCUUCCACCACCGUAACCAAUGGUACAAGCAAUAACAAUAGUAGUAUCGUAGCAAAGACACACAGUGAGGACUCGCAGCAGCAGGUGGCGCUCCGGCCCAUGACCAGUGCCGACUUCCAGGCGAUGAUCCCGUCGCACUUCAUCAGCGGAGGAGCAGGCGGCCGCCAGAUGGUGCAGGUGGACAAGUCCGGUGGUGGGCAGGUGCCCCACCAGGACACGGUAACGGUCACGGUGCAGAAGGCCGUCCCCGAUAUGCCGAUGUUGCCGCCGGCGCCGACCGAACUCGGCACCGUCACCGAGACCAUCACAAAGUCGACCUUCACUGAGACGGUAAUGACUAGGGUUACUGACAAUCGGUUAUUGGAACCACUAAUCAGUGAGGAGGUAGUCCUGCCCAAGGAUCAGGGUUCACUCGGUUUCAGCAUCAUCGGCGGUACGGAUCACUCGUGCACGCCAUUCGGGGCCCACGAGCCCGGUAUCUUUAUCUCACAUAUCGUCCCCGGUGGCAUUGCAGCCCUGUCCGGCAAGCUGCGGAUGGGUGACCGUAUCCUCAAGGUCAACGGCACGGACGUCACGGGGGCAACGCAUCAGGAGGCGGUCAUGGAACUGCUGAGGCCCUGCGACGAAAUCAAACUGACCGUUCAGCACGAUCCACUGCCAGCCGGAUUCCAG